AUGAACUUAACAAGCCAUGAAGGUAGAAAAACUCUGUGGAGCCAAGAGAAAGAUAAAGCGAUUAUCAAAUUAGUCAAGAUUCACGGUACCAAGAAAUGGGCCACAAUAGCUAAGAUAUUGAGCGAGAAGUAUCACAUUACUGGAAAGACAGGCAAGCAGAUCCGUGAGAGAUGGAAUAAUCACCUAAAUCCUGACAUUAAUAAAGAGCCUAUUUCUAUUCAUGAGGGUGCUAAAAUCUUUAAAUACCACAAUGAAUAUGGCAACAAAUGGGCUGAAAUUGUCACUCAGCUACCGGGAAGGACAGACAAUACUAUCAAAAAUUACUUCUAUGCGACUGUCAGGAGACAUCUCAGGAAGCUUAACAAGUGUCUGAGAAACCGCAAAUUUUGUGAAAAUUUUAACUUAGAUUCCAAACAAAUCAAGCUAAAGUUCCUUCUUAAUGCUCUUGAAACAGGAGAUUUAGGAUACUACCAAAUUAGAAAAAUUGAAGAUAAAGCACUAAUAAUUCUCUCAACAAAGAAAGUAUCAGCAAGAUCAGCAGAGAUCCCUGAAAGUGAAAAACAGCCCCUUCUCAGCCUUGAUGGACAUGGGGAUGCCAUGGACAACAACUUGGGUCUACUUAAAAAGCUCUUGGAUUUGAUAGACGUCGACCUAGGCCAAGACUCCAUGAAGGAGGCUUCUGAAAACGAUCACUGCAUACAUAACCAGGAAGCUAAAUCAGCAUUAUUGGGAAAUAUGAGGGCACCUCAUUCCAAUCAGGUUGGACUAAAACGGAAUGCAUCAAAAUACCAGAUGAGAACUUCUAAUUGUAAAGAAUUCAUGAAUAAAAGAGCGAAGUAUUCAGAACAAGAAGUUUCUCAUGAAGAAGCUAAAGAAGCUUCAGAUAAUGAAGAUGAUGUCAAUUUUAUUGAUAUCCCAACUGUAGCCAAACAUAAGAGAAUCGACAUGAUGGAUAAGGCUACCAGAUUACAAGAGUUCCAAAAGAGGUAUUUGGCUAGAAAAAUCAUGAGAAAAGAAGGCAAAUGGAACCCCAAACUCCAAGAUUGAACCUAUUUUGGGCUGAAUAAGUCUCCUAAUCUUCACCUUGACCUUGAGUCUGGACCAAAGAAAAUUACAGUUAUCACGAAUUUAUAUACCAAGAUCAACUCUGCAGAAGGAUCGGAGUUCAGAAUGAACUCUCCAGAGAAAGAAAUCUCUGCGAUUACAGAGAAGCCAGAUGAGAUAAGCCUGAAUAUUUUACCAAGCACUCCAACAUAUUUUCGGAAUAUUAUGUUUUCACCAAAACAAACAGCUGAAAAUAGCACUAAGAAGACUGCAGAUUUUAGCUUUUCAAACCCAUCCUUUAACCUAAUGAGAGGUUCAAUUCAAGACCAGUUCAGAAGGAAGGAGUUCAGAGUGCCGACCCCUGGCAGUAUGAAGUCAGAGUUACCUUUUAAACCAGGUUUUACAUCAACACAUAAGAAUUAUUUGAAUCCGGCCAGCUCUCUUAGACAAGUAUUCAACCUGCUGCCUUCUCAGAAAGCAAAUAGUCAGAAUGAUGGAGGGACUGACAAUGGAAAUAGCCAUAACAAUAAGACUGAGGAUAAAAAGCCAAAGGCAAGCAAGUUCAGCCCUAAAGUGCUAGAGCUGGACAUCAAUGGGAUAACUUCAGGGAACAUGGGAGGAAAUGGGCUUGGAAUUCUAUCACCACUCAACUUCCCUCUUUCAUGUAAUUCAAACUCGGUCUUUCCUCCUAACACUCCUGAUGACCAGAAGUUUCCAGCUCUUGACAGCUCAAAGUACUUCAACAGCAAAUUCAACAAAGAAGGAGGAGCAUUUAACAUGUUUGCUCCUAUUUCAAGCCCAAAUGCAUUUUUCGAUACCAGAAACAACCAAAAGCCCUUUCCGAUUAGCCCAGGGGGUGGAAUUUUCACUCUGUUUAGGUCAAACCCUCAUUUAAAACCCAGUCGCAGAAAUUAGCUUUGUGGAAGGGAAAUCCGCCCCUACUAAGAAUGGAUAAAUGACACUGGCUUAAUAGUUACAAUCUG